AAUGAUAAAAGCAUGUAUGAGUCACAGGGAGUAUGUUUAUCACAGAAACAAUUAAGACAGCGUAAAAAUUAUAUAUAUCAUUUAUUUAGUUCAAACUUUUCAAAGUAUACUUAAUUAUUAAAUUUGCUAACGUUCAAAAAUUUAAACAUGCCCAAUAACUUAGAGCAACAAAUAGCAAGCUUACAAUUAGAUCAUGAUGAAAAUACUAUCAAAACAAUUAAAGCUUGUAAAAAAGUUGCACCUGCAGUUCCACCAAAGCCAAAAAAAUCACAACCACAGGUACCACAAAGUUAUACUGUAAAGGCUGCAUCAGUUCCAUCAUAUAGUACUGUAUUAAAUAGUGCUGGAUCUAGUGAAAAAAACAAUUUAUAUGUAAAUUCUCCAGUUCCAUUCAUACCUUAUAGUAUGAGCAAAAAUGAAUAUUCUCAUUCCACACUGACAAAUGGAAGAGAUUCUUCCAUAUUUUAUAAAAAAAAUGAAAAUUUUUAUACCAACAGUAUGUACAAUUAUGAAGAUAAACAUUUUUACUCAAAUAUUGGUAACGUUCCAGCACCUCAAGUGCCAAUUUUAAACGACAAAUUUAAUAAAUCAACCAUAAAUGCAGUUUAUAGUAAUAUAGAACCAACGGUUCCUAUACUAGUUCCUCAAUCCAUUCCAAAGGAAAAGGAUAUUGUUUACAGUAAUAUCCAAUGGAACAAGAGUAGGUCUGAAAAUACAUACUGCAAUAUGCCAGCUCAAAGUCAUGGUAUUGAUGAUUUACCACCACCUCCUGAACCUUCAGAAUUUAUUACUUGUGUUUCUGCAAAUUCUUUUCCCUCUCCUCCUGAGGAACUUCCACCUCCACCAAGUCCUGUAUCAUCCAGUUAUAGUGAAUUAAGACGAGCUACUUAUCAAACAGAUUUUCCAAACGAUAUUUAUGCACCAAGUUCACAAUCUAGUUCAACAUAUGAGUCUAUUUAUGAGCCUAUAAAUCCAAGGCCAUCAUCUCAGUUAUCUUGCAACUAUUCUGUAUACUCUGGAUAUGGUUCUGCUUCUCAAUCACAGGAAAAAACAUCUCCAGUAAAAGAAGUCGAUGUAUUAACAAAUCUUCUUGUACAAGGAAUGGAAGACAAUUCAGAAGAGAAUGAUAUUUAUGGUAUUUGCGCACAAUGUACCAAAAAAGUUGAAGGAGAAGGAACGGGAUGCUCUGCAAUGGAUAAAGUAUUCCAUAUAAAUUGCUUCUGCUGUUUUAUGUGCAAUAUUAAUUUACAAGGCAAACCAUUCUAUUCCCUUGAGGGUAAACCUUAUUGUGAAGAGGACUACUUGAAUACUUUAGAAAAAUGUUGCGUAUGUACCCUACCAAUUUUAGAUAGAAUUUUACGUGCCACUGGUAAGCCCUAUCAUCCAUCGUGCUUUACAUGUAUUGUUUGUGCUCAAAGUUUGGAUGGUAUUCCAUUCACAGUUGAUGCAACGAACCAAAUACAUUGCAUUCAAUGUUUUCAUAAAAAAUUUGCACCACGGUGUUGUGUAUGUAAAUUACCAAUUAUGCCUGAACCAGGAGAAGACGAAACUGUUCGUGUAGUAGCUCUCGAUAGAAGCUUCCAUAUCCAAUGUUAUAAAUGUGAAGAUUGUGGACUUAUAUUAUCAUCAGAUUCAGAAGGUGGUUGUUAUCCUUUAGAUGAUCAUGUUUUAUGCAAAAGCUGUAAUGCUUCGAGAGUACAAGCUUUAACAUCUCAUAUGACAACUGAACUAUAAAUAUCGAAAAUGAUUAAUGCUUUAAAAUAGCAAACUUGAAUUUAUUAAAGUG